UUUCUUUGCUGUGGGAUGGAUUCUACAUUGAGCUGAUUCUCAUGUCUGUCAACUAUCUUGAGGAAAUCCUGAUAACCAAGCAUCAAGGAAGCAAGAACCCCAGGUCGGCUUUUUAAGGAACAUUUCUAAAACUUAARUAGAGUGUGGAAACCUUGAAUCUCCUGCAACUGUUAACCAUUUGGCUCUCUUCUUCAGUAGCAAGGACACAAAGGACUUUGCACAAUGGCUUUGUUGGUAGUCAAGUUUGAUUUGAAGAAGCGAGUGAAGCUUGCUCAGACKGUCUGGUUUAUGUACUGGUUUGCUGUACUGGCUGGCAUUCUCGUGCUCAGCUUGGGCCUAUUCUUCAAGAUUGAGCUGCGAAAACGCUCAGAACUUAUGGACAACAAUGAGAGCCACUUCCUGCCCAACGUGCUCAUAGCUAUGGGUCUUAUAGCUUGUGGUAUCAAUGCCUUYGGAGGCAAAGUCUGCUAUGACUCCUUGGACCCUACAAAGUUUGCAAAAUGGAAACCAAUGUUAAAGACCUUUUUGGUGUUCUGCAUGGGGUUCAAUGCCCUCCUUGUUGUCACCGCCCUGCUAUGCUUUGUAAUGAGGAUCCCUUUCCAGUUCACCCUGGCUGAGGGUCUGAAGAAUGGCAUGAAAUUCUACAAGGACACGGACACGCCGGGACGCUGCUACAUGAAGAGGACCCUGGACCUGAUGCAGAUAGAGUUUCGUUGCUGUGGGAAUGAUAACUACAGGGAUUGGUUUGAGAUUCAGUGGGUCAGCAAUCGGUACCUGGACUUCAGCGCAAAGGAAGUCAAAGAUCGAAUCGGGAGCAACGUGGAUGGACAGUAUUUGAUGGACGGAGUCCCGUUCAGCUGCUGCAACCCCAGCUCCCCCAGGCCCUGCAUCCAGUACCAGAUGACCAACAACUCCGCUCACUACAGCUAUGACCACUACACCGAGGAGCUGAACGUGUGGAGACGCGGCUGUCGGGACGCCUUGCUGUCUUAUUAUGGAGGCAUAAUGAAUACCAUCGGAGCCCUAGUGCUGCUGGUCACUAUGCUGGAGGUUGCUGUGACCGUCGGCCUGCAGUAUGUUGACACCUCCCUGUCCACGCUGGCCAACCCAGAGGACAUGGAGAGCGAGAGCGAGGGCUUCCUCCUGGAGAAGACAGUGAAGGAGACAUUCACUGACAUCAUGGCUAAAAUGAAAGCCAUGGGCAAAGGGGCAAAGGUGGAGGAAGGGGGCGAGGAGGGCGUUGCUACUGUCAGCUGAGCAAAACUCCAGCCACCUGCAGAAACUGUGAAAACUUCCACCUGAAGUGGAGAUGAGAAGAGAACAAUUUCUACCAGACUUUUAUUUUCCAGCUCCACCAACUCACCCAAUCUGAUUAAAAAUAAAUAAAAAUAUGUGAUUUAAGCUUUUGAAAUAAAUUUACUUUUGAAAUUUCUGCAGUAUAAUUUCACAUUAAUAAUGUUAUUUUGAAAAAAAAUAUGUUUUUAACUUCAAUACAGUUAGAGAACUAACUGUUUCUAACAAAUAAUGGCAGAGUCAUUGGCUCCCCUGCUGUUAAUGAAUUCCAAGUUGAGCCAUGUAUACAACAUUUUCUAAUUGCCCUGAACUUUAUCUUGAACUUUUAAAGAAUAGAUGGCUUUACAGUGGAGUAAAGCAGUAUGUUUCGUCGUUCAUCGGUCUUCAUCAACAGUCCUGUGUUUUCUCUCGUGUUGCUCCACCUUCAGCUCAACUCAUAGCUUUUCUGUACGAUGUAGCUCGGGAAACUGAAAGAGCCAUCAAAGAAGACUGAUUUUGUAUGUGGUGAAUCAUUUGUGUGUUGAUUUGGGCAUAUGUUACAGCUCAAUGUCCUGCUGAAAGACCCAGUGGCAACCCAUUUCCAGUUUCUGGCUGAAGCCAGCAUAUUGUUUCAUAAGGAAGGCAUUUCAAAGAGUUCAUGAUGCAGUGAACUUCAACAAGGUUCCAGGGGCUUUUGGAAGACAUAGCAGAACACGGCCUCUCAGAUCCUAUACUGAACUUUGCACAGGCUUUUAGAAGAUGUCCCUUAUAUUUAUCAUUAUUUUUUUUUUCAAAAUAGACCCACUUGGAGCAUCUGUUGAACGAAAGUCUCAUCUGACCAAGGCACCCAC